CAUUGCCGACAAGCAUUCUGCGCACCCCGGCAUUCAACUUUGCAGUUAUUUUGCGGCUUUUGCUGGAAGCAGUCACCAUGUCAACUACUAAUUUGCCAGAUCCGGAUGUGUGUCUGAAGGGCACGGAGACCGAUUCGGAAUGGAUUCCCUGCCAGCGCUCAGUGUUAAGCCAGCACAGUCCGUUUUUUGCCGCCAUGUUCGCAUCGGAAAUGAAGGAGUCCCGCGAGGAAUUCUUUCAACUGCACGAUAUCCCGCACAACGUCUUAAUGCAACUAAUCAGUUACAUGUAUUUGCGGGAGAUAUCCGUUGACAAGGACAACGCGCUGCCUCUGCUGCAAGCGUCGCACAUGCUGGAUAUGCCGCGCAUUGUGAGGAAGUGCACGGAGUGUCUGGAAUGGAGCGUCGAUCUGACGAACUGCUGGAGCAUUGCACAAUGGGCGGAAAUGUUGUCUUGUCACGAAUUGGCAAAAAAAGUUAGAAACAUCCUCUGCGGCAAUUUCCUCGCAAUGUUCCGGUGUGAGGCCUUUCUGGAACUGGACAAAAACAUGGUGAAGGAGUUACUUGGCUCGGACGAUCUGGAUGUGGACAGCGAGGACCGAGUGGGCGAGGCACUGUACGACUGGUUGGAUGGCAGCGUUAAGGAACGGAUGUCCGCCGCACUGGACAUGCUGGGCCUGCUGCGCGUAGCGCACCUUUCCACGGCCUUCCUCAGAUUUCUGCAGAAAAGCCCAACGGCACGACCACUCUAUCUGGCCAUGCGGUAUUUGACACCCGAACAGCGCCGAUGCCGGCCCCGCAAAUCUUACAAACCGGUAGCGGUUUACAUUACCGCUCCUAAUCCAGUGUAUCCUGACCUGUCGUCAAAAAGGAUUUACGGUACCGACUGCUGCGGUUCGCCCACGAUCUGCCAGGGCUGCUGCUAUCCGAGAUGGGGAAAUUCUUGUAGGCCACUUUCGUCGUGUCCGGCAUUGCGGAGCGACCUAAACCCGUCCGUCAUCGUGACCCCCGGCAAUCGCGUGGCUGUGCGCGUCUGCCACCGCCUCCACGUUUACGAGCCGGGCCAGCGCCAAUGGACUGCGCUGCCCGACCAAGGCCUGAGCGGUUGUACCGCUGAGUUCCAUCACUGCUUCCAGUACGCAGCGUUCUUAAACGGGAGAUACUGUAUGCUGACAUACGCUGCCAUUACCUACCAUCUGCAGUUCGAAUGCUAUGACGAAGCGUUCGGUUGCUGGCAACGUACAUCGGUUACUUUCUUGCAAGAGACGAACAUUCAGAUGCGCAGUAUGGCACUGGUCAUCUGUCAGGACAGACUGUACGCGUUCGGUGGUUGGAAGUCCGCCAGAAGGGAAGAACUGAUGCCGAUGGACAGCGCGUUCUGUUACGAUCCCAUGGGCAACGCCUGGAGCGAAUUGGCUCCGAUGCCAACGGCCCGCUAUCAUUCCUCAGCUUGAGUCGGCACGAAUGGGUUGAUUUACGUCAUCCGUAAGUGGGGCAAAUAUGUGGUAUUCGCAAUUGCCAUAGCAGUAUAAGCCGGCUUCCGAAACCGGGGGGAUGUGAAAGCCGCGCUGAUCUCACCGAGAUACACUGCAAUGAAAUCCUCGCAUUGCCGUGCGUGGAGGCCUACGAUCUGGCGCAGAACUGUUGGUAUACGAAAAGUCCCAUGAUGCACAAGCGAGCUUACCCGCGCUUAGCUGCUAUUGGAGGAAAAGUAUACGCUGCUGGCGGAUUGGUAAAUGGGUUUAAAUCAGGUUCUAAUAACUGGACUGACAUUGUGGAGUGUUACGACGAAGCGACGGACAAGUGGAGCGUGCUGCACGACGCAACGCCCAUCCAAGAACACUACGCCUUGGCCGUGGUGCCGCAGUAUUUGCUCAAGCGAUGGGAUGAUAACGAAGACGAAAAGGGCAACGAGCACGCCUUUAGAAAGCUUUUCUACGCUAAAUUUUCCUAGCGACGAGUACGUGCUUUCUGCUGGGUGGAACAUAUUGUUCAUUGAUUGUUGACCUCAUAACUACUCUUGGCGUUGCCAACCUGCCUCUGUUUCUGUCUCGAGAAUGUUCGUGGAAGAAACCCAGGACAUGCAUCAAUUCGUGCUGGACAUCGCCGUGCUGCUUCAGGCAAGCGGGGGAAUAAAUUACAGCUUGUUUCCCUCCGAUGCGACCGAUAUUCGACAUGCAUCUGCCGUAACACCGAUUGGUAAGCAUCGCACGUAUUCUUAAACCGGCGAAAAUAAGUUACUGACUGCAGUCCUUUCUGGAAGCUGAUGUAAUCCUCUUCACCGGCGCGCUCUACAAAGUUGACGCAGUUCCCGGAAAGAAGACUAAUUAAGCGCAUUGACUCCAGAAUGAUUUGCAUUUCUUUUGGCGCUGCAAACGGUUUAGGCUGACUUCCUUGUGUCAAUAUAUUCCAUUAGCUUUUGUUAUUUUUUUUUAAAACAGCUCUCAAUGAACAGCGGUCUCGUACUCAUUAACGCGUUCUGCUUUUUGGAGAACUCAUAAGGAACUGUGUUGUUGGGCCAGAAAGAGCUGGCGUCGUUGACGACGUUUGCUGCUCCGUGCUCAAGCUGCAAAGUUCGUUUAAGCACUACAGUACUCUAAUGAUUUUCAAGGAAACUGUUACCGGUACAUAAUUCUGCAAUCUUUAAGUGCGUUAGCGAGCACAAAGAACUAUCUUGCUUAC